CUCCUGGACCUGCAGCCUCUCCCCCUGUCUUCUCGGCACAACAACGAGCUCGGGAGCGUCUAUUCACCGACUAUUCGCACGUUCAACAAGAUUCAAAUGCAGGUAUCCCAAGCGCUCUACGCUAACGAUGAUAACAUCUUCGUGAGUGCUCCUACUGGUAUUGGCAAGAUGAUCUGCGCUGAGUUUGCUCUGCUCAGACUGGAGUAA